UGGGAGCUUUGCUCGCUGGCAUGGAGCAGCGGUGCCAGGCCGUGCCCCCUGCCCAGGCGCUGCCCCACAUGUGCUCAGCAGCGCCCGUCUCCCCGCCCCGGCCCAGAGCACCGGGUGCGGUUCCAGGUGCAGCUGGAGGACGUGGAGGUCCGGGAGCGCGAGGACGCGGUGCUGGAGUGCCGGGUGCCGCUGGAGACCAUCCCCACAGCCUGGUACCUGGAGGACAAGCCGCUGCAGCCCAGCCCCAAGUACCUCAUGGAGGAGCAGGGCCGUGUGCGGCGCCUCACCAUCCGCGAUGCCCGCACCGACGAUGACGGCAUCUACCUCUGCGAGAUGCAGGACCAGGGCCGCAGCAUUGCUGAGGUCUCCGUCAGAGGAAUGAUCGUGAAGCGGCUGCCGCGGAAGCUGGACGUCAUGGAGGGGGAGAACGCCGCCUUCUGCGUGGAGACGCGGGAGGCCGUGGAGGGCAUCUCCUGGCGCCGCAAUGGGCAGGAGCUGCAGGAGUCGCCCUGCACCGUGCUCAAGAGCUUCGGCAAGACCCACCUGCUGGUCCUGGUGCACGUGACACGGGAGGACGCCGGCAUCGUUGCCUUCGCUGUUGGGGACUCGGAAACCUCGGCCCAGUUCCGCGUCAAAUGUGCGAAGCGUGUCCCACCCAGCACACCCGUGGCCGCCUGCAUGAGCACGGAGCACAGUAACGCCGCGCUGCUGACGUGGUGUCCCGCGCCCGACGUGCACCGCAGCCCACCCAACGCCUACGUGCUGGAGCGGCAGGAGGCUGGCACGGCUGAGUGGGUGCAGUGCCUCACCACGGACACGGCCGGCGCCGUGGAGGUGCUGGGCGACAGCGUCCCCGCCGAGGCCGACUACCGCUUCCGCCUCUGCGCCGUCAACAAGUACGGAUGCAGCGCGCAUGUCGAGUUCCCCGGUGCUGCGCACCUCGUGCCCCUCGCCCGCAUGGAAAGAGCCCUGCAGGAUGCUGUGGUGCAAGAGGGCGAGGAUGCCAUCUUCUCCCUGGAGCUCUCGGCCUUGGUGCGUGGUGCCUGGUUCCUCAAUGGGGCAAGGGUGCAGGAGGAGGAGGAAGAGGAAGGCCGGCGGUGCUGCAUCUGGCACAGCAAGACAGAGCAUGCACUGCAGAUCCGUGGGGCGCGGCUGACAGAGAACGGGGCUGAGGUGCGCUUCGUGGCCCACGGGCUGCAGGACGUGGCCAUGCUGCGCGUGCAAGCCCCGCAGGUGCGCAUCGUUGCGGUGCCUGAGGCCCAGCGCAUGCAGACGCUCCCAGCGGGGCUGCCCCUGCUCCUGGAGUGCGAGAUCUCCCGGCCCGACGCCCCCGUGCGCUGGCUCAAGGAUGGGGAGGCCGUGCCUGGGGGCGAUGCCAUAACCGUCCAGGCAGAGGGCUGCAUGAGGAGGCUGCUUGUCCGCUCUGCCUGCCCCUCGCACUCCGGGAUGUAUGCGUGCGACACCGGCGAUGACGUGGUGACGUUUGCCGUGACUGUGACUGAGCCGCCCGUGCGGGUCGUCAGCUCCAACGAGGCGGCGGCGCACACGUACGUGGCGUUGGAGCGCGUGGAGCUGGUGUGCGAGCUGUCCCGCCCCGACGCCCCGGUGCAGUGGUACAAGGAUGGUGUGGAGGUCAGUACCCCCACGCUGGCCCUGGGUCUGUGCCACGCUGCCUCCCUGGUGCCCCUGGGCCGAGCCACUGCCGUCCUGCUCCUCACGGCUGCCGGAAGGUCUCCCUGGCUCGGGGCACCUGUGACCUCAGACGCACCCCCAGCGCUGACCUGCUCCUCCUGCCCUGGUGACCGAGGGCUCUAUGGUACAAGGAUGGUGUGGAGGUGGAGGAGGGAGGACAGCGAGCGGCUGCUGCUGCAGCGCUCGGGGCCCUGCUGCCGGCUCGUCCUGCCCUCGGCCCAGCCACCAGACGCAGGCGAGUACGUGUGCGACGUGGGCGGUGACUCUGUCUUCUACAGCAUCACCGUUGCAGAGCCGCCCGUGCGGGUCGUCAGCUCCAACGAGGCAGCGGCACACACAUACGUGGCAUCAGAGCGCGUGGAGCUGGUGUGCGAGCUGUCCCGCCCCGACGCCCUGGUGCAGUGGUACAAGGAUGGGGUGGAGGUAGAGGAGAGCGAGCGGCUCGUGCUGCACCAUGAGGGACCCUGCUGCCGGCUCGUCCUGCCCUCGGCUCAGCCGCCAGACACGGGCGAGUACGUGUGCGAUGCAGGCGGCGACUCCGUCUUCUACAAUGUCUCCGUCGCAGAGCCGCCUGUGCGGGUCAUCAGCUCCAACAAGGCGGCGAUUCACGUGUAUGCGGCGUUGGAGCGCGUGGAGCUGGUGUGCGAGCUGUCCCGCCCCGACGCCCCAGUGCAGUGGUACAAGGACGGGGUGGAGGUGGAGGAGAGUGAGCGGCUUAUGCUGCAGCGCUCGGGGCCCUGCUGCCGGCUCGUCCUGCCCUCGGCCCAGCCGCCGGACACGGGCGAGUACGUGUGUGACGCGGGCGGUGACUCCGUCUUCUACAAUGUCUCCGUCGCAGAGCCUCCUGUGAGGGUCAUCAGCUCCAACGAGGCGGAAGCACAUGCGUACGUGGCAUCAGAGCGCGUGGAGCUGGUGUGUGAGCUGUCCCGCCCCGACGCCCCGGUGCAGUGGUACAAGGAUGGCGUGGAGAUGGAGGAGAGUGAGCGGCUCGUGCUGCACCAUGAGGGACCCUGCUGCCGGCUCGUCCUGCCCUCGGCCCAGCUGCCGGACACGGGCCAGUACGUGUGCGAUGCAGGCGGCGACUCCGUCUUCUACAAUGUCACCGUUGCAGAGCCGCCCGUGCGGGUCGUCGGCUCCAACAAGGCGGCGACUCACGUGUAUGCGGCGUUGGAGCGCGUGGAGCUGGUGUGCGAGCUGUCCCGCCCUGACGCCCCGGUGCAGUGGUACAAGGACGGGGUGGAGGUGGAAGAGAGCGAGAGGCUUGUGCUUCAGCAUGAGGGACCCUGCUUCCGGCUCGUUCUGCCCUCGGCCCAGCCGCCGGACACGGGCGAGUACGUGUGCGACGCAGGCGAUGACUCCGUCUUCUACAGAGUCACCGUUGCAGCCCCGCAGGUGCGCAUUGCCCCGGUGCCUGAGGCCCAGAGUGUGCGGACGGUCCCAGUGGGGCUGCCCCUGCUCCUGGAGUGCGAGGUCUCCCAACCCGAUGCCCCUGUGCGCUGGCUCAAGGAUGGGGAAGCCGUGCCCGUGGGCGAUGUCGUCACUGUCCAGGCGGACGGCUGUGCAAGGAGGCUACUCAUCAGCUCUGCCUGCCUCUCACACUCCGGGAUGUACACAUGUGAUGCCGGUGACAACGCAGUGACCUUCACAGUGACUGUGACUGAGCCGCCCGUGCGGGUCGUCAGCUCCAACGAGGUGGCAGCACACGUGUAUGCAGCAUCGGAGCGUGUGGAGCUGGUGUGCGAGCUGUCCCGCCCCGACGCCCUGGUGCAGUGGUACAAGGAUGGUGUGGAGGUAGAAGAGAGCGAGCGGCUCGUGCUGCAGCGCUCGGGGCCCUGCUGCCAGCUUGUCCUGCCCUCGGCCCAGCCACUGGACGCGGGCGAGUACGUGUGCGACGUGGGCGGCGACUCCGUCUUUUACAGCGUCACUGUUGCAGCAGAGCCGCGGGUGAGGAUCCUGCGCCCGCAGGAGCGUGUGCUGGAGCUGCGGGUGCUGGUGCUGGAGCGCGUGGAGCUGGCAUGUGAGCUGUCUGUGGCGGAUGCCCCGGUGCGCUGGUUCAAGGAUGGGCUGGAGGUGGAUGAGACGGACGACCUGCUGCUGAUGGCCGAGGGCACCCGGCGCUGCCUGGUCCUCCCGCGGGCUGGCACCGAGGAUGCCGGCGAGUACAUUUGCGAGACGCGGGAUGAGUCUGUCUCCUUUGACGUCAGGGUGUCUGAGCCCCCGGUGAGAAUCCUGAAACCAUGGAAAGCCCCCCCAACCCUGCAGGCCUGCACGGGGGAGACGGUGACACUGGCCUGUGAGCUCUCACGCGUGAGUGCAUCUGUGCAGUGGGCCAAGGACGGUGCCUGGCUGGAGGCUGGUGGGAGCCUCAUCCUGGAGGAGGAGGGGGCACACCAGCGACUGGUCAUCCCCGCGGCCGGCCCAGAGCACUCUGGGAAGUAUGUCUGCAACGUGGGCAACGAUGCCAGGACCUUCACCGUGCAGGUGUCAGACCCGCGGGUGCGGAUCCUGGGCCGGGGUGAUCUGCAGACCCAACGCCACUGCCGGGCGGGCGAGGACCUGGUGCUGGAGGUGCAGCUCUCACACGCCCAUGGGGAGGCCAAGUGGUACAAGGAUGGGGAGAAGCUGCAGGACACGGGGCGUGUGCGUGUGGAGGAAGAUGGGGCCCGGCGUGCGCUCGUUGUGCUGGGCGUGGAGAGCCGUGACGCGGGCGAGUACCUCUGCGACACCCGCGACGACAGCCUCAUCUUCUACGUCACCGUGGAAGAGCCGCCAGUGUCCAUCGUGGGGAGUGCGGGGGUGCGGGAGCGGCGCUGCGUGGUGGCUGGUGAGGACCUGAUGCUGGCCUGCGAGGUGUCGCGGCCCAACGCUGCGGUGCGUUGGUUGCGGGACGGCCAGGAGCUGGCGCCCGGCGAGCGCGUGCGGGUUGUGGAGAAGGGGUGUCUGCGGCAACUGACCAUCCUGAGGGCCCAGCACAGUGAUGCCGGCUCCUACAUGUGUGACGCCGGCACUGACCAGAGGGUGAUGUCUGUGCAGGUGGCAGCACCACCCGUUCGCAUCCUGAACAAGGAGGAGGCGGCGGUGCCAGUGCAGGCAGUGGAGGGUGACACGGUGACCCUUAUGGCCCGGCUCUCCCAGGAUGCGGCGCCCGUGCGCUGGCUGCGGGACAGGCGGCCGCUGCGCACCGGGGCCCGGCUCCAGGUGGGCAGCGAGGGGCCCCUGCCCCUGCCCCUGCCCCUGCAUGUGCCAGUGAGUUGGCCUGACCCUUGCCGGGGCACCCAUUCUGCCCCAUCCUCCUGCCCUACCCCCUCGCCAGACGCGCCCCCCACCUUCAGGCCCCUGCUGCCCUGCGCUCACGUGCCCCCGGCAUCCGUGCCCUUGGCCCAUGCCCCCGCCGACAUGAGCCCCUGGCCCGCAGAGGCCCCGGUGCUGUUCGUGAACAAGCAGGAAAAGCAGGAGAAGGUGCUGGUGCUGGAGGGGGGCAGCGCCGUGCUCUCAGCUGUGGUGUCCAAGGAGCAGGCCGCGGUCAGCUGGGCCGGGCCAUGUGGUGCCGUGGCCGCUGGCGAGCGCUGUGAGCUGCGGCGGGAAGGCCGUGUGCACAGCCUGGUGCUGAGCAAUGUGGGCAAGGACGAGGCCGGCUGCUACACCUGCAUCUCCCGCGACGACCGCAUGCACUUCGACGUCAGUGUGAAAGAGCUGCCGGUGAAGUUCGUGCGGGGCCUGUCGGACGUGCAUGCACACAAGGGCGAGACAGUGCUGCUGUGGUGCGAGCUGUGCAAGGCACGGGGUGACGUGACGUGGCUGAAGGAUGGGCAGGUGCUGGUGGCCGGCGGGCGUGGCGAGGCCCGGGUAGAGGGCCGGGAGCGCUCACUGGUGCUGAGCAACGUGGGGCCUGAGGACGCCGGUGAAUACUGCUGUGAGAGCAAAGACGACCGGACGCUGGCCAUGCUGACCGUGCAGGUCCCCAGGGUGGUGGAGAUCAUCUCGGAGCUGCGCAACCUGACAGUGAUGGAGGGCGAGGACGCCACGUUCAAGUGUGUGGUGUCCCCGGAGGAUGUGGCACUGACAUGGCAGCUGGGGGGGCAGGUGGUCGCACCCUCAGAGCGGCUGGCAGUGAGCAGGAACGGGCUGUGCCAUGCCCUCACCAUCCGGCAGUGCCAGCCCGGGGAUGCGACCACCGUGACGGCCAAUGCCGAGGGCCUGGUGAGCGCGGCCCGGCUCAGCGUGCAAGAGGCCGAGGUGCUGUUUGUGCAGAAGCUGCGGGACAUGGUGGUGGAGGAGCUGCAGGACGCCUGCCUGGAGGUGGAGCUGAGCCACGCGGGUGCCGAGGUGCAAUGGCUGAAGCAGGGGGUGCUGCUGCAGCCGGGUGCCAAGUACCAGCUGCAGGAGGCCGGGCGCCGGCGCGCCCUCACCAUCCGCAGCCUCAGCCCCUCAGACCGCGGCACCUACCGCUGCGAGACCCUCCACGACCGCACCCAGGCCAAGCUGAGCGUGGAGCCCCGGAAGGUGACGGUGCGGAAGCCACUGUCGGACGUGGAGACCUUCGAGAAGGAGAUGGCCACUUUCCAGCUGGAGCUGUCCCAUGCCGGCGUGGCCGGGGCCUGGGCACGGGAUGGCAUGCGCGUGAAGCCAGGCCCCGCCUGCCGUCUCAGUGCCACGGGCUGCACGCACAGCCUGACACUGCUGGCGCUCACACUGGAGGACUCGGGCACUGUCACCUUCACUGCUGACAGCCUGCGCUGCAGCGCCCGCCUCACCGUCAGGGAGCCCCCAGUCACCAUGGUGAAGACCCUCCGGGAUGUGGGUGUCCCCGAGACGGGGGCAGCGAGCUUCGAGUGCGAGUUGUCCCGUGCCUCUGUGGAGGUGAAGUGGUACAAGGACGGGACGGAGCUCCGAGCAGGGCCCACCUGCCGCCUCUACUCGGUGGGACGCCGGCGCAUCCUGCAGCUCAGCCACUGUGGCCUGCCUGACGCCGGCGUGUACACGUGUGACGCCGGUGAUUGCCGGGCCUCCGCCACGCUGGUGGUCUAUGAGCGCCGGGUGCACGUGCUGAGGGAGCUGGAGACCGUGCGCGUGCGUGAGGGUGAGAAUGCCAUCUUCACCUGCGAAGUGUCGCACGAGGAUGUGCCGGGUGAGUGGUUCCGCGACGGCGAGAAGAUCAAAGUCUCCGGCACUGUGAAGAUUCGGCAAGAAGGGACCAGGCACUUCCUGCUCAUGUGCAGCGUGCGGCCGGAGGAUGCGGGGCAGAUCCGGUUUGUGGCCAAGACGGCAGCCUCUGACGCCAGCCUGCAGGUGGAGGCACUGCCCAUCCGGAUCGUGCGGCCGCUGCGGGACAAGACGGUGCUAGCGCAGCACAAGGCCACGCUGGAGUGCACCGUGUCUCAUGCCCGUGGCCGUGUCCGCUGGUUCCGCGGCGACACCGAGAUCUUUGGCAGUGGCGACAAGUAUGAGAUCUGCAACCUGGACUGCUACCGCACCCUCGUCAUCCACCACGUGGGCCCCGAGGACGAGGCCACCUACACGUGCGACGCCCUGGAUGACCGCUCCAGUGCCCGCCUGCUUGUGGAGGCGGAGAGCGUGCAGGUGGUGCGGGGCCUGCGCAGCGUGGAGGUGGUGGCACCGGGUGAGGCGUGGUUCGAGUGCGAGGUGUCGGCGGCACUGCCGGCCCCGCCGCGGUGGAGCCUGAAUGGGGAGACGCUGAGGGCCGGGGCACACGUGGCCAUGGAGAGCGCAGGCCGCGUGCACCGCCUGACGCUGCGCCACACCUCGGCCGGCAUGAGCGGCGUGGUCAAGGUGGCCCUCGGCAACGCCCGCUCCAAGGCCCAGCUCACCGUGCGAGGGCGCUAGGAGCCAGAGGGCCGCGGCGGCGUGGAGCUCGCAGGCAGAUGUGCCUGUGGGGCAGCCCCAGGUCCUGCCAAGCGAGCUGUUGGUGGCAGAAAGGAUGGACAGACGGACGGGCCCUACCCCUGCCCCGGCGGGGGUGGUGGCUGCUUCAUUAUCAUUAAACACCUCCAUCAAAUGC